AUGAACUUCUCGAGUUUAUUCAAAUCGUUCUCCAAUUUCCAAUUCCCAUAUACUAUCGAAGAUAGACCUAUACAUGAAACACCGUUGUGGCAGGUAUUCCAUGGGACGAGAAAAUCUGAUUCUCUACCAGUCACUAUCUUUAAAGGAAAUAGGACACAUGAAAAUGAAAAAUUAAUUUUGAAUGCAGUUCAUAAAUCAAAAGUUUUGAAGAUCCCUGGUCUAUGUAACGUUUUGGAAACUUUUGAUUCAGAUCCGCAAUCGACUUUCAUUAUAACUGAACAUGUUAUCCCUUUCCCAUGGGAUAAACUCUCAGAUUUGAACCAAAAUAAACAAUCUAUCCAAUUAGGUAUUUCUCAAAUUUUGAAUACUAUGAAAAUUUUAAACACUUUUGUAUUGGGGACUUUAACCAUGUCUAAUAUUUAUUUGAAUACUAAAGGUGAAUGGUUAAUAUUUGGGUUAGAACUUUGUGUUAAGAAAAGUGAAUUCGAUGCAAAUAAAUUUAUUAGCUCCUUGGAAUUGUAUACUCUAAUGGCAAAAGAUGGUAGAAUGCCAUCUCAUAGGGGAAAAAUGAUUGAUAUUGACUCAACAUUGGUAUCUAAAUUAAUAGAGAAUGUUUUAGGAGAUUCCCAACCAAGAGACUGGCAACCAUUAACGACAUCUCUUUCCAAGGGUCAGAUAACGAUUACUGAAUUUGUAGAAAAGUUGCAUGAUACUCAAUCGUGGUUUGCUAACCCAUUAAUUUCAUUAUAUGAAGAAUUUAAAGAGUUUCAUAUUAAAGAUCCAGAAGGUAAAUUGGUGGUUAUGACAGAUGUUGAAAAUCUUUUCUUGGAUUCCAAGGAUUCCUUUACAAACUUGGUUCCUGGAUUUCUGGAAAAUUUGAUUAUUCCUGAAUUAUCUAAUAUGAUUGGAUUAUUAAUGGCCCCGGCUACUAAUUCACCAUUUUCUUCACCAAUUGCAACCAAUAAGUUAAUCUCUUUUAUUGCCAUUUUACUAAGUUUGUCAUUUGAGAACAAAAUCUUUAAUAAUAACUUUAAUGAAAUUAUCUUUUUGAGUUUCAAAUUACAAGAUAGACAAAUCAGAUUUUUAUUAUUAGUUUAUUUCCCAAAGCUAAUGAAUUUGAUUUCUGACUCAGACGCUUCCAAUAAGAUAUAUCCACAUUUCAUACAGGGUUUAACAGAUUCAGAUUCUCUACUACGUUUACAAACUUUAAAAUCCAUUCCAUUACUUACACCCAAAUUGACAGAAAGACAAUUAAAUAAUGAAUUAUUAAGAUAUUUAGCUAAGACGCAAGUUGAUCAAGAUAUAGAAAUUAGAACGUGGACCAUCGUAAUCCUAACUAAGAUUGCUUCAAGUUUGGCUCGUUCCACAAGGUCAAACAUAUUAGCCACUGCUUUCACAAAAUCAUUAAAGGAUCCUGAUAUCAAGCCAAGAUUAGCUUCAUUAUAUGGAUUAGCUAAAUCCAUUGAUUUGUUUGAAGUGAAUACCAUUGCUAAUAAGAUCUUGACAGUUAUUGCACCUGGGUUAUUAGAUAAGGAGCCCUUAGUUCGAUUUAAAGCCAAGAAUUUAUUCGAAAAAUAUUUAAAUAAGUUAGAAAAUGAGGCAAAAUUAUUACAAGACGAGAAUUUACAAGUCGAUAAAUCCAAAGACAUUGACUUUGAUAAGUAUGAAUCUGGUAUAAAUGUAUCUGAUUCUGACCAUGUUAAUGAUGAGAUGAUUACACAAUUUAUGAAUACUUUAAGAAUCCAUUCAUUGGAGACUAAUAAGGAUCUUUUACGUGAAAUCUCACAUAAUCAACAACGUAGAACUGAAUCAGCUACUACUAUUAAUAAUAAUAGCAAUGAUAUGAAUGACGCGUUUGAUUUUGACAACGAAGAUGAUGAUAAUGGAUGGAAUGAUUUCAAUGAUGAAACUGAUAGUACGGACGAUUUAACUAAUUCUCAAUUUUUUAAUAAACCAGUAAAGAUUACAAAGUCGUGGAAUGAUGAAUUGAAUGCUGACUCAAAGCCUUUUGUCAAGGAGACACCAAUGAGGCUACAUAUAAAAAGGCAACCAAAGAAAACUAAUAUUCUAAACGUCAAGACUACAAAGCCUAAAUCUGGCCCUAUAUCGCACAACGCUAAGGGAAAUGUACAUAUGCCGAUGGACAAAAGGAACGGAAAGACAAGUAGGUGGGAAGGACACAGUGCAAAGAUGACGAUGGGAUGGGAUAGUGGAUGA